AGAGGGAUGGAGGACACUGAAUGGAGGUCAGUGAAGGGAUUGGCAGAGAGGGAUGGAGGACACUGAAUGGAGGUCAGUGGAGGGAUUGGCAGAGAGGGGUGGAGGACACUGAAUGGAGGUCAGUGGAGGGAUUGGCAGAGAGGGAUGGAGGACACUGAAUGGAGGUCAGUGGAGGGAUUGGCAGAGAGGGAUGGAGGACACUGAAUGGAGGUCAGUGGAGGGAUUGGCAGAGAAGGGUGGAGGACACUGAGUGGAGGCCAGUGGAGGGAUUGGCAGAGGGGGGUGGAGGACACUGAAUGGAGGCCAGUGGAGGGAUUGGCAGAUAUGGAACAGUUAAUGUUGCGGAGGUUGGAGGUGUUGCGGAGGUUGGAGGUGUUGCAGAGGUUGGAGAUGUUGCGGAGGUUGGAGGUGUUGCGGGGGUUGGAGGUGUUGCGGAGGUUGGAGAUGUUGCGGGGGUUGGAGAUGUUGCGGAGGUUGGAGGUGUUGCGGAGGUUGGAGAUGUUGCGGAGGUUGGAGGUG